AUAAGUUUGUUACAGCUGCUCAUAUCAGGGGGCAAAAACGGAACUCGCCUCACAAUUCAGGAAAAUCGCUGCCGGCUCGAAAACACGAAACAUUUCCAGGUGAUCUCCACGAAGACUUCAAGACCAAUCUUCAGCGCCCAGCAUCCGGUCGUUUCAAUUGACGAAAAAAUUAAAAAGCUCUCGACAGCUAAAAUUGUGACCAAUAAGCGUGAUGGCUCAAUACACUUGCGAGGGCGAUUACUGUUCGACACAACGCGAGGUCUUCCACUUUCACCAUCGCCGGCGUUGGCGGCAUCCAUCGAUGCGUUUCGAGUAUGUGUUUGUGGUGGAGCAGAGCAGAAGUUAUUCCUCACACCAGGAAAUAAACCCUGCGAAUCAAGUAACGCUUUGUGUACAUAA